GUUGGUGACCCUGCUGGACUGCAGGAGAAGAUUAGGAAGAUGGUUGACGGAGGAACUAGUAAUCUACAGUUUAUUGUAGACUUCGACUACACCCUUACCAGAUCCCACAAGAAUGGUACUCCAGUGGACUGUAGCUGGGGAGUAUUAGAGAACUAUAAGAAGUUGGGGCCUGAUUACGUCAAAAAGACAAAUGCUCUCAGAUCCAAAUAUCAUCCAAUUGAACUAGAUCUGUCUAUUUCUUUAGAGGAGAAAAUACCUCGCAUGGUGGAAUGGUAUACUCAAGCAAACAGUUUACUGACGGAGGCCGGAGUACACAAGGAUUGGUAUGAAGAUAUGAUUAAGAAUAGUACAUGUGAACUCAGGGAUGAUACGGACACUUUAAUGAUAUCCCUUGAGGAACUAAAGAUUCCAGUUCUGAUUCUAUCUGCAGGGUUAGGAGACCUUAUACUAGAAAUAUUAAAACAUUAUCAGUUGGUUCACACGAACACUAAGGUUGUCUCUAACUUCUGUAAUUACGACGAGGAAGGAUUGAUCUGUGGUCUCAAACCUCCCAUGAUACAUAUGUAUAACAAGUCUGAGAGUUCUAUUCAUGAUCCUGAGUUGGAGCACCGGCAUAAUGUUGUUCUUAUCGGAGAUUCAUUAGGAGAUUUACAUAUGGCUGAAGGAGUAAAGAAUCCUAAUGUUAUUUUAACCAUUGGAUUCUUAAACAACAAGAUUGAGGAGAACUUGGAGAAAUAUAAGGAGAACUUUGAUGUUGUUUUGGUUGACGAUCAAACCAUGGAGUUCCCCCUGGCUAUCCUAGAGGAGAUCAAAGCUAAAACCUCAUCCUAACCAUCAAACCAUUCUUUAGUUUAGUUUGUUUACUUGGCGUUUUUUACUUCAAGUUAUGUAUUAAAUAUACAACGGUUUAUUUACCCAAACAAACUAAUACAAUGCUUCCACUUUAUUGAAUAUGUGAUGUUAAUGUGAUUCCUUUCAAUUCCCUUUUUUCAUUUCUAAACCAAACUUAAGUAAAGCUUUUGUUUACAAAGUUUACUGUUUUGUACACUAUGUGUAUUGUUGGUUUGAAGUUGGUUCAGACACACAUACAAGGAAAACAUGUUUUUCCUUUCUGAACAAUUAUAUAUGCUUGUCUUCUUUAUGCUUUCUUUGUAUGUGCUUUAGUAAUAUAAAUUUCAGUUCUUUAGAUGUGAAAACCUGUUCUAGUUUAUAAGUCAUGUACGUUGUACAUUGUACACUGUACGGGUUGUACUGUGUACUAAUACCGUCUCUUAGCAGCUGGUUUAUCUGUUUCAUAUAUACCAUAUCCAGUCCAUUGCGUUAUUAUAAUUUACCCAUUCAAAUAAACUCUGCACAAAACCAA